AUGGCAAUGGUCGUGGAGUUUGGAAACGAAGGCCAAUCCAUCUAUUUUCGCUAUCAAGGUUCCUACCUCCGGGACUCCGAGGGGAACCUUGUUCACUGCACCGGCUCUCAAAAGCAAUGGGUUCAGGACAAUUGGUCAACAAUCCGGUCGAGCCACAGCAAGCCCGAUGCCAAAAUAUACCAAUCAUCGUCCCCCGAUGGUCAGGGCUACACCACAGCCAUCAUGAUUGGAAACCAUGGACGUAUUGUGGACGGGGACGCGUUUGAGAAAUUUUUCGUCGACCUCCUCCUCACCCAGGCCGACCUCACGACCCAUACCCUGCCAGUCUCAGCAGCAGGAGAGGAUGCCGAUAUCGAAGCUAUAACCGAGCAGAUAGUGGACCUCUUCGACAGUUAUCUCAGGUACGACGGUGGCAAGGGUGACCAAUGGAAGGUCUCGGGCCGCAAGUACUUUACACAACGGGUGCGCCACUUUACAUCACGCAAGGCCAAACUCGAGAUGUGUCUUCCUGCAUUUCCAUGCAAGUCAUCCAAUCCCGACAAGGUUACUGGCCCAGAUCCAGAUCGUGGUGAAGAGCUUGCCUUGGAGAGGCUGCACGGUUUUGUCACCGAAAUCGAAAAGAUUUACAUGCCUGGCGCCAAACUAUGGGUUAUCAGUGACGGACACGUCUUUAGCGACUGCAUUGGUGUCGAUGACAGCGAGGUGGACAGGUAUACCGCCUUGCUCAAAGAUAUAAACCGGGAGGUUGGCUCUCAUUUCGGGGAUCCUGAUCGUAUAGGCUUCAAGUCUCUCGUUGAGCUCUUCCAACUGGCGUCCCGGAACGAUGACCUUUCCACUCUAGCAUCCCGGCUUAGCCUUCCCCCCAUUGAACACCACCUAGACACCAAGAUUACUGAGGAAGCCGAGCUCUGUAGGCGGAUGCUUGUUGCGGGGUCCGGGCCUCGUAAAGAGGCUAUUCGGGCAAAGAUUGAUUCCAAGGAUGCCACAAUCACCCGUCUGUACCGCGGCUUUUCCAAGUUCGUGCUCGAGGAUCUGGAAAACCACCCGCUGACCCAAAGGAUGUCACGGUCCAAGCAAAAGAAGCUGUCAGCCAAGGUGGCCUUCGAGAUGAUUGUACGCAACCACGCCUACUCCAACCUCGUCGAGAUGCUGUUUCCCAACUAUAUCCGGCUAUCCAUCCACGCACACAACAAUGCCGGUCCCAAGUUUGGCAUCCAGCUUGUGGACCCCGCCAAGGUACGGGCCGUCACCUCCCUUUCGGCCGACGGCGAACUCAUGACUUCGAUCGACCUGCUCCAUGUGCCCACCCCCUGGCACAACUGUGUGGUGGCGCUCCAAGGGAGUGAAAUGAUGCUGAUGACCAAGGCCAAACUCGCCCGCGCCGCCCUGAGCAAGGGCUCCUUCACUGGCUCUCUCACCAAAACUGACUCUGGCCGAGCAUACUUUGAGCUCACCAAGCCGCCAAAGAGGCCGAUUGUGGUCACCAUGUCGGAGAAGAUUGGGCCCCUCUUCAACAGGGUCUCGACACCCAUCCGCUCCUCGCCGCAGUUGUUCAGGCAAGCCACGCUUUCCAUGUCAGAGGCCAUGAAGAGUUCGUCUCCGAGUGUGCCAAAAGCCCGAGGUCCGCAGGGGCCCAUGACAGCGGCUCCGAGGGUGGGAAAGAGAAUGUUUACCUUUUCAGAAAAAACCGUGGCGGCUUCCAAUCAGCAGACCAUUCCACCAAAUCCAGCUGUAACCCCACAGUCCGCUGGAACCAAGAAGAGAUAUACCUUCUUUGGGUUGUCAUCCGCUGCGGAAAAGAGCAACGACGUGGCAGUCGUGACUAUUUUGCCGGUUGUAAAAUCGCCUGCACCUGUCCUGUAA